AUGCUUGUCCUCGUCACUGGUGUCACUGGCAAUCUUGGCCUACAUUUGAUCGAGAGCCUCUCCUCUCGUGGGCACAAGGUCCGAGGUCUUGGUCGAUCUCCCGAUAAGCUCACAGAGGAGCAGCGCUCGAAACUUGAGAGUUUUGUCAAGAUCCAGAAUUAUUGGAAUGUUGAUGCUUUGGAUCGAGCCUGCAAUGGGGUUGAUGCUGUCAUCUGUGCCUACGCAGGAACUCCGGUGAUGCACCUUGAUGCCCAGCUACUCCUCCUGCGGGCCGCCGAGCGAGCUGGCAUCAGUCGCUUUCUUGCUGCAAGCUGGAACUGUGACUGGAGACAGCUUCAACUUGGCAUGCAUCAGAGUUAUGAUGCUUGCAUCGCCUUUUAUCAACAGGCCAAGCUGACCUCAACCAUCAAGCCCAUCUGGCUCUUGACUGGUGGUCUGACCGAGGUCUACUUUUCUGUUCCUGGUCACGGAAACUUCUCUCCUGCCUACAACGGUCCAUGGGACCCAGAGAACAAAACUGUAGAUAUCUGGGGAACUGGCCACGAGAAGUGGGACUUGACCACGGAGAAGGACGCAGCCGAAUUCUCCGCCGCCGUCAUUGAGCGUGACGACGCGCCUGAGGGAGGAUUUUGGGAAUUACACUCUGGUGCCUAUUCGCCCCGCGAACUUGCAAAGAUCUACAAAGAAGUCAGAGGUAUUGAAAUCACCUUCAAGGAGCGGGGUUCUCUUGAUGAUCUCAGGAAGCUUGCCUACAGCAUGAGAGAGCAAAAGCCAUAUAACGACUACUAUGGCUUCAUUGGCCUUUUCUACCAGCUAUUCCAACUGGACGGGACUUAUUCGCUCAAGAACCUUGACAACGAGAAACUGAAGGUCAAGACUACUUCGAUGGAAGAGUUCCUCCGACAAAAUCCCGAUAUCUAG